AUUUUUAAAAAAAAUUGAUUCAAAGCUUUUUGGGAACAGAAUCAAUUUGCUGCUUCUGAUGGAGAUGUGUGUCUCUGAGAAACACAAUCAAAACAAGAUGGGUCUUGGUAUUCGAGAGUCUGUGUGCAGAGGAAGAAAGAGGUCCAGAUCAACAAGCAGCUUUUCUUCAGAAUCAGACGAUGCUGAGGACUCUGAAGAGUUUUUUUCUUCUACAUCUUCUUUAAACUCCACUCCUAUCUCAUCUCGUUCAUCAUCAGUUAAGGGUGCUACCACAGCAUAUUUAGGCUCAGAUUCAUGUUCAGUGUCAAGCUCAAGUUCAAAGAGAAUAGCAGAAAAAAAAUACAAAUGUACUUAUGAAAAUUGUCCAAAAGAGUACCAUAAACCUUCAUUAUUACAGCAACACAUAAGGUCUCAUGAGAAUAUACGACCAUUUAAAUGUUCAAUUAAAAGCUGUGAAGCAUCUUUUCUCAGAAAUUCGCACUUAAAGGCUCAUUUGGAAUCACACAAACUGAACGAGGAAAAAGCCUUUAAAUGCUUAGUUUGUAGUAAAGGUUUUGAUUCUAAUCAAAAGUUCAAAAGACAUGAGAUUACUCAUGUUGCAUCUUUCAAGUGUACAUAUGCUGGCUGUGAUGAAACUUUCUAUAAAAAAAAUUCCUUGAGAUUUCAUAUCAACAGAGUUCACGAACCAAAAAAUAUCUGCAAACAAUGUGGUAAACUAUUCACUCGACCAUACAAAUUAUUAAUGCAUUUGGAGAAAAACCACGAUAUAACUGCUUAUCCAUGCACUUUUUCAAACUGUUUCCUCAAAUUUAAAAAUUGGUCUUCUUUGCAAAAUCAUAUAAAAACUGAUCAUCCAAAAUUGUCUUGUACUCAAUGUGGUAAGCAAUGUGUUGGUGAGUCUGGUUUACGAAUGCACAUGGUUAUUCAUAACACUAAAAAAGUUUUGAAAAUUUGGAACUGCUGUAUUUGUAAUGACAUUAAUGCUUCAUAUCACAAAAAGGACUUGUUAAUUAAUCAUUAUAAGGAAGUCCAUGAUAACAUAUUGCCUCCAGAUUUGAUUCAACCAUCAUCUCCAUUGAAAAAACAAAAGAUUUCAGAAGAUAUUAACCAUCUUCCUGGAAAUGACGAAAUUGGUAAUGGAGAUGAUAGCAAUAACACAAAUAAAAAUGAAACUAAAGAUCUAAAAGUAUUACUUCAGAAUCAAGCUCAGAUUCAAACUGAGAUUGAUGAGAUUGAUUCUACUAAACAGUCUCUUGUCUCUGAUCUGAGUGAUGAUCAUAAAAAUGUAAAUGAAGAUGUUGUUGGUGAUUCUAAUUAUAUAGAUAUAUGCGAAAAUGUUUCCAGCCAGUACAGAAGAACAAAUUAUAGGUCAAGUUCCAGAUUGUUAAAAAGAACCAUUAAUCAAAAGAAUAUUUAUGAUCUAUUGGUUCGUAGACAAUAGAUAUACAAAGUCUCUCUAUUUUCCAUAGAGCUAUUGUUUUUUGUUUUUUGUUUUUUUGAUUUCUUCUACAAUUUUUCUGUAUAAUAUGCUUGUACUAUUUAGAUUUUUGUUUUCAGUGUUGUUUUUUUUGGAUAUUUUUUGAAUAUUAUGGGUUUUCUUUAUUUAUUAUGUAUUAUUUUUACUGCUUAAUAUCGACUGUUGUAUUCUUGUUCAAAAAGUGCGUUUUCUCCGUAUCAAAGUACGUCUCAAAAAUUUUCAAAUCAAAAAAAAAUUAUUUUAAUUUUAAUUUUAUUUGGUUAAAAUCAAAAUAGUGGAAGAAAUAAAUAAUAUAAAAA